CAGAGUCGAAGGCAGUAGGAGCAGACCGCAGUACGACGACCAGCUCAGACGACGCCACACUACACCGACGAGACAUGGAGAAAAUCCUCGCUGCGAUAUGCGUCAUUGCCGUAUUGGGUUUGAGCUAUGGCCUGCCGUACGACUACAGGGUGGACAGCCAGCCACCGGUGAAACUGCUCGAUUAUCUCAGAGAAAUCGGGGCCAGCAACAACGAUGACUACGACAGAGACGAGGAUUGGUGGUACCAGGCGCCGUACGAGGAGGCGAAACUCGCGGAGGACUCGGACUAUUAUUACCCGAUAAAACAGGAAAUCGGCGACUACUACGAUGCUGAGCCCGUUGAAGACAACUUCGAAGAUUUCUUGAUAGAAUUAGAAAACAUGCUGAACAUGAAGAACGGGCCGAGGUAUAGCACGGUUGACGCAGAUAGAGAGGCAGAGUAUGACGAGGAGGAGGAGAAGGAAGAAGAAGAGAAGGAGGAAGAAGGGGAGGAACGGGACCAGACUAUGAUGGACGAAACCGUUCAGGACACGACAGCAGACAACACUCAGUCAGUCGCGGCCGCCGCCUCUGACGACCUCAGUAACGAACUAAGUUCCGUCGGCCAAACGAGUGCGCCGUCAGAGCCGCUUGCCGACAAUACGGAAACGCAACAGACGCCGCAGGAAAUACGCGACGAGAUGGACCGGAAGCGGGGCCAACCGGAGACGGUAAGCGUCGACGGCAAGAUUGGCGUCGACGUAUCAGAGGUACAAUACGACAAGAAGGAGGAGAACCAGCUGGAAGAGCUAAAGGGGAAUCUAUAUAACAGCCAGAAAAUCGCGAAGAAGGCUGCACAUCCACGACCAUUCCCACGAGAUCACUAGUCGCAACCCACAUCAUCGCAAACACACGAGGUUUAAAAAUAAGGAAAUUCGGGGAAAAUGGCUUCCUCUCUCCGGCUGGACACGGCACGGCGAAGCAAAUGGCAAGUAAUGGGCGAAAUCCGUCUUGCGCAUCGUCAGUGCGUCUGACUGCAACGCCACCUACACAGUCAGAAGACCGGCCACGCAUAUUGCACAGACACAACUAAUCGAUCUCUAAUGGCUUUCGUGCGAGAAGAAAUGUUCGCGCGCGAGUUAGCGGCGAAACGCUUGCUGAAGUAAAUCAUGAAAAUGUAGUAAUAGCAGCAGUAGGAUCAAAGCGUGUGCUUUGUUAAUAUUGUUACAGCCGUGUGGGGGAAAUGCGUUUUAGUGUAUUUCACGCAUUUGGUAAAAUCGCGGCCGGAGCUCUAUCGUAUUACUAAUAUUAUAUUACGAAGUCCCGGCUCCUACCGGCCGCUAAUCUUAUUCUCGCAUGUAUAGUAGGCUCAUGUUCAUUUGACAAUAUUGUCGUCUAUCCACGUUCAGGAUUUCGUUGAUUUCCUGCUUUCACUCAGCUUCUAUUUUACGUAUGUUAUGUAUGAUAAUUAGCUUUCUCGCAGGCUGAAACAGUCAGCAAUUAACUACAAUUAUGAUGAUUAAUUCUCUAUUAGCCGUUAUAAAUCAUGAUGAUUAUGCAUCAUUAUUAAUGAAGUCAUGUUUUACAUCACUUUGACCAUUAGCAAUUAAUCUAUAAUUACAAAUAUAAACGAAGAGAGUGAGAUUACCGUAUGCUAUUGCGUAAGCUGCCUUGAACGCUACGAAUGUGAAUUACUGGUUUCGAAAAACCUCCCACAAAAAUUUGGUCUUCCUUUAGCAAUAGAAUUAGAGUUUAAAGAUGCGAAAAUUCAAUUUUAUGAAGCUGUAAAUAAAGAUACGUAACGCUCAGCUAUAGUCUAGUUACAUCCACUGAAGCCUGCGCGCCUUCAACCAUGCAACGUGUUCUGUGUAAAAAAACAUUCGCUAUUCGGCAUACGACUUUCAGUUGAGACAUCGCUGUACGACGCACACGGGUUCUGUGCAUGUAGAACACGCUUAUAAAUGUUUAUGUGUGUAAUAUAGCGAUAAUUCCUGACUUGAAAUCCGUACAUCGAAUGCAACUCGGUUUCUUACAGAUUAUAUGAGUUCACGAGUAGUGAGGCAGGGCUGUAAUAUUACCUACAUAUUAUAUAGAGUUAUAUAUGAAACGAUCUCAAAGAUGGCGGCUGCUAAACGGCUCAAGAUAGCGUACACUUUCUAGUGGUGAUCAUGGCUUCAUUUCUAUUAGAUAAUGUUUGGCACCAACGCUAUAAUGAUUUUACGUUGGCUUAAAUUCUAUAGACGCGUUUCGUUUAUGCAUCGUGCAUUUGAUCAGGUUUCUCCUAAACGUAUUUUAACCCUUAAUUGUGGCGAAACUAUGUUAUGACUGCACUUAAGGUAACCUAUAUAUAAAUUCACUGUACAUUGUUUAUUUCUACCCCACACCGUACGUGGCUCAUAGACUAAGAAUUUUAGAACGUCCCGAAGCGAAAUGCAGUCGGCAACAACGAAAUAAUAGUUAGGCGUCAGAGACGUCGACGCUCUAAAUUCUGCUUCUGCUUCGGCUUUUAGCUAGUAGUGUGCAACGGUAGCACGUGAUCUGAAACAGCUGAGCAUCUUCGCUUUGCUCGGGCGCGUAUUGUGUACUUCUGUACAAUAGGUACAAGAAUUACGAGUAGGAGGGCGAUUAUGCACGAUUCGUGUGCCCAAUGCUACGGCUAUCCCCGUUGCAGUGCUAGAGGCACAUUAUAUCAACCUUGCGAUACGGAUUCGACUUAUUAGAUAUAAUUUCGCGUAACUAUCUAACUCAGGUGGAUGGCAUAUAUGUAUAUAACGCAAAGCGACGAGAAACACUGAUUUGUUUGUUACAGCUUUACUUCAUGUGUCCGAGGGAUUAUUGUCAGAAAAUGACAUAUCGCUAGAUAAAAUUUAAUGCAUGUCAGCAUAUUUUAGUUCAAGCUCUAUCCCUACGGACCAAGUAGCGCACGUUGUUCCAAUGUAUUUCAGUUGGAAUUAAACAAGCUGCAUGUACGUCGCGGGCUUUCAACUGAUAUGACAGCCGAUUGAAAAAGUAUUUUUGUGAAAAGAGGUCAGCAAGUGAGACGUCAUGAUUAUUUAUUCUGUAAAAUAUUAACAUUUCUGUAAAUACCGCUGUGUUGUUCGAUUCAUUGCAAACUGCAGUUGUCGGUGAAGUCCAGUUGUGAGGGGCGAUAACGGGGCGAGUGACAUUGCGUGAUAUUACCUUGCUGUAUAAAUGGAAAUGCUUUCUAUAUGUAUAUUUUGAUGUCUAAUGAUAUUGAAUACACAUGUUGUUUAAUUUUCAUAA